AUGGUGCCGCAUAGCAAAUCACCGGCCAGAAAAAAGUCUAAAACAUGGCUCUCAGAAAAUUGUGGAGAUUCACUCCGCGAUGAUAUACGUGGAACCAUGCAGUCGCUCGUGUAUUCCUACAACCAGUUGGACAACAAAUUGGAACGGCACGAACAUCGUGAAAGAGCGCUUGGCGAAUUACUAAAGAAAGCUUUACAGAGUCUACAGAAAGGGCAAAAGAAUCUCGAACCGCUUAAUGGUAUAUUUGGGCGUCUAGACGAGCGAGUCAGCCAAAUUGAAACAAUGUUGAUAACGCAAGAAGAAAAGUACAACAUUCAAACUGAAAAGCUCGGCGAAACACUCGAGCACAUCUUCAAAUGGAUGCGCGAGAAUGAUGAAUGCUACAAACGACCACCAAUGCCGCUAGGUGGCCAAGCAAUCGCUCCAUCGGCGCCUAUCAUUCAAGCACCAGCAGUGUCGCCAGAGUUUAUUGCCGAACAGGAGAAAAUUAAUCGAAAUAUGCUCGAACAUAUAGAAAAAUUAUCUUCGAAUGUCGAAAAACUGCUGGACGCCUCCAAGGAUAUGAUGGAACAGACCGAGGUAGCAUUUAAGAGUGUACCAUCCACUGCAGAAAUGCUAACCAAAAUUGAAGACAAACUGGUGAGCUAUAGUGUGAUAACGCCAGCGCCAGCGCCAGAGCCGGUGGAUAACUCCGAAUUCGAGAACAAAGUUUUUGGGAAAUUCGACGAGCUGGCAACUGGCAUACAAGAACUACGCGCGCAACCCAAGCCCCAUGAAGGACUGUCGGAGGCAGACAAAGAAUUAAUACAUGGACUGACGAACGAUACGCUCGCUGCGAUCGAAAAUGUGAAGACCAAUGUGCAGAGUGUGACAGAACAAGCGCAAGCUGGCACAGCCGCACUCAUCAAGGAGACCGAGCAAAGUCUUGAGACUGGUGCUGCUAAAAUUUUGGAAGGCGUUACCGAGCAGGCCGACACGCUCGAGAAGUUCUACAACGAAAUGAACACUAGCUACAGCAAGUUGAACGAUGGCCUCGAGAUCUUCAGCAAAUUCAAUAACAUUCUGAUGGCCAACUCCGAAUACGUUUUAGACACGCAACGCAAGGUCGAAUUUGGCACCUUACAGACAGUGCAAAAGAUCAACGAUCUGCUUGACAAACAACGAGAAGAGAUCGUCGACUUGCUGAAGGCACGCUUCGACGCUGUGGACGAGAACGUAAUUGCUGGACAAAUCGAAACCAUGCAGAAUCUCAGUUCGACUAUCGAAAGCGAAAUCAGCCACGUCUGGCGGCAAAUUUCCAUUAUGAAUGCCGAGAUCAUCGACAACAAGGAUCUGCUUAGCCUAAUGCAGGGACGUAAUGAGGUGUUCGUGAACAGCACUUUCCUCAGCAUGGCUUCGAUGGGCAAUAAGGUGGAGGACAUUAAGGGACGCAUGUUGGAUAUGGAUACAAAUUUGAAUUAUCUGCUGGGCAAACUCUCUCUGAUGUCACAGGAAUUUGGAGCCAUUAAGCAAGGACUCGCCGAAUCGCUGGAACAGUUGCGUAACACCUUCCAUGUGAUGCAGGAGAAAAUACCUGCUGCGGGACCAGGACCGCAUAAUAUUGCAAAAAAUGAAUAUGAGACAGAGGUGAAUUUGUUGAAUAAGCGUCAUGCCGGGAGCGCAGAGCAAUAAGUAAUUAAAAA